AUGGCGCAACUCGUGAAGUGCGCCGGCCUUGGCAUUGCGCUCACUGCCACGCCCAUCGUGAACACCGUCCAUGAUCUAUGGAAUCUCGCCCGCUUGCUGGCCAUCCCCGAGUACACCGGCACCAACGACGUGGCAAAUUACCAAGCAAUGAACCUCGAGUUGACCCGCGCGCGCCGAUACGACACGCAGCGGGUCAAAGGUGAAGGUGCAUCGCUGGUCGCCGGGGCUCGCGGACAGAAUGUUAAUGCGACGAUCGACUUCACCUUCACGACGGCUCUUACCCAUCUCCAAGUCAUGCGCGACAAUCUCCGGGGUCACGUCAUCCGCCGGAAUUUGUUCUCCACCGACAACACCGGCAAGGAAAUCUCCGGUAUGACGCGGUAUCAGGAGCACGCUCUCGAGGCCCCCUUGUACGAACGUGAGGCCGCGGUCUUGGAAAACACGACGAGGAAGUUGUUGGUUGCCGCUCGGGAGGAGAAGAAGAAGAAGAAUGGCGAGGCGUUUUAUCUCAUCUACCGGCAGUGCCUCGCACACCCAUGUUUCAACAAGGCCGUCGAGUAUCCGAAAGGCAGGGAACAUGGACGGUGGAAGGUCCCUGCUGAGUACGAUGCGGAUCGCUCCCUCAAAAUGGAUAUGGUCCUCGCGCUGCUCCGCCACCACCUCGACGCCGACAAUCAACGCCCGCUCAAGGUGGACACCUCGAAAAUCACAUGGAGGCCGGCCGAGAACCCUGUCGACGAGGCCGAGGAGGAAAUUUCGACGGAGCCGGUAUCGAUUCCAGACCCGGCAAACGACAGCCGGAUCACUCUCGUGGAGGACGAAUCCUACAACUGGACGCCGACGCCGUUGGGCCCGUCCGGAAGGCCUCUUCCCCGGGACAAGAUCAUCGUCUAUCUCGCGUUUGUCGCAGCUUAUCCACAGUGGGGGGCACUCCUCAAGGCCCACAACAUCAAGUUCGAGGAGAUGACAGGGAAGGCCACAGCGAAGCAGAAAGACGAGAUCCUUCGCCGAUUCGCGGACGCCGGACCUGAUGGAGCACGUGUGUUGCUCAUGUCGAAGGUCGGGUUAUACGGGCACAAUAUCUCGGCCGCGAACAUCAUCAUCGUUGUGGAUUGCUUAUGGUCCUCCAGCGACGAUCAACAACUCAUCGGUCGCUGCUGGCGCUUUCCGCAGGCAAAACCAGUCCAUGUAUACCGCCCGAUUGCGGAGAGGACGACCGACGUCUAUCUCAACUCCAUCUCGUUCAAGAAGGGCACGAUGUACGACGCGUUCUUGAUGACGUCAUCUGCGCUGAAGGCACUGCACGCAAAUUUGACCCAUGAGCCGGAGAGCGAUCAGGAGGAAGAAGUUACGAUUGAGGACUCAGAGGCCGAAUCCGAAGACGACAAGCCCAGGGGAAAGAAGACUCGCGCGGCUUCCAAGGCCAAGGGGAAGAGUGCGGCGAAAGGUAAGUCCGCCGGGAAGGCACCCGCGAAGCGAAUCCCUGCGGCCAACUCAUCUUCCGCGGGCCCGUCACGUGCUACCAGAGGGAAAGCCUCCGAGCGACCGGAGAAGACGGCCAAAGAGAAGGCUCCCGCUGCUUCGUCGGCGACACAGCAGGCCGCCCCCCUCGGCCCCGUCGCGACGAAGUCGCCUGUGACGGGUGAAGGGAUGGGGACUGCGCAGGGUAAUGCUGGUCCCGGUCCACUGGGCCACCAAGUUACAGGGCCCGCCACUGUCUCGACUGGCCCCAGGGCCAAGGACCCCGCACCCUCCGGCGAGCCGAUGGAGAUCGACAAGCAAUCUUCGAACAUCACGUCGAAGCGGGCGAGGACUUCAGCGCCGCCAGGAUCUGGACCACAAUCGCCACCCCAGCCUCCACCAAAGCGAGUUCGGUCCGAGAUCACCUCGUCGGCGGAUGUGGAGAGGUUGGCCUUGCAAUUGGAGAAGGCCAUGUCUAAGGGCUCCACCGAGCCUGCAGGAGCUCCCUCUACCAUCCCGCUUCCUCGCCCAGGGCCUGCCACAGUGCCUCCCCGCAUGUCGACACCUCGCGCGCCGUCGCCCCCUGUUCACCCUCCGCACUCCCCGGCCUUCAAUUCCCCUGUGGGGAAUAACAGCUUCUUACCUGAAGAGCCGUUUUUCGAUGCCGGUGGGUCCGGCAACUUCGACCCCAUCGAGGAAUUCACUGCGCCGCCAACUCAGGCGCAGAGCGAGAUUACCUCGUUUCCAACGCAGCCGCAACAUGACUCCUUUUUGUCCGGAAGUCGACUCUCGUCGUUGACGCCAACCCCUGCUCCCGCCGACAGUACUGAAGAAGACGAGCAGCCGGUCGUCAAACCCGGGAAACGCCGUGAGGGCAAAGCACCUCAGGAGGGUUCGUCCACCGCAGCUGGAUCGAGCGGCGCCAGUCUCAAAAAGUCCACCGAGGGCAAGCGCUCUGUUAAGCGCCGCAAACCCGCGUCCGAUGAAGAGGACGGGUCCGAUGAAGAGGACGGGUCCGAGGAUGCCGUUGGGUCUGAUGAUGCCGUUGGAAGAUACGCGAUGGCCCCGCCGAAAAUCAAGUCCGCCGAAGUUCGGACUAAACGUGGCCCGAGGCGGAAGGAUGCGGGAGAGGAACCGGCGCAGAGGCCUGGAUCGGCGGCGGAGACGGUGGCGCGCGACAAGAUGAAGCGCAAGUCCCGGAAGGACGGUCGAGCUCGUUGA